UAUUUGGUUUAUUCAAGAAAUCAGAUUCGUAUCACAGGAACAAUUUACUUAUAUCAAUACAAUAUUAAAGCAACACAAUGCACACAGCUCAAAACGCAUAACUUUGAAGAUUUAACGGGCUUUCUUAUUCAUUCGCCACAUGCGAAAUUAAAAUUUAACAUAAAUGAACAAGAAAUCUAUCACACACCUCAUUUUGAAGGACGUAUUAGCAUCUUGGCUAUUACGUUAAUUACAAAUGAGAACAUACUUUUGAUUAAUAACUAUUUGCACAGUGGAGAUAUGGAUGCACAGAUGACUCUCCUAAACGCAUUUACUAAAUAUAUUGCAAAUUUAAAAAAAAACAUACCAAUCACAAUAUAA